AAAAAUUUUGGCGGGCCGUGAUGUCAAACUCAAUCAGGCCCAGGCAUGCUCUCAGUCGAUUAGCGGGUCGGUCCGUUUCACUGAUACCCAAAGCUCAUUUCACUUUUUGACAUCGAAAAAGUAACAUUGCUUCCAGAGUGAUAAAAUGGCACCGCAACUAAGCGAAGACGAGAUCGACGACCUCCUGUAUGCGGCCCGCACAGGUGACACGGAUGAGCUCACAGGCCUGCUCUCGUCACUAGCUGAGCGGGAAAAGGUGUCGCCGGCGGAAAUCCUCGCCAGCGCGCGGGACGAGGGAAAGUCGACAUGUCUGCACAUGGCGACGGGCAAUGGUCACGUUGAAACGGUCUCCUUCCUCCUCUCGCACUUCGCCUCGCGCCCGGACGGCGAGCGGCAGGCCUUCGUGGACGCGGCCAACGAGUACGGCAACACGGGCCUGCACUGGGCGGCGCUGGGCGGCCACCUGGCCGUCGUGCGGCUGCUGGUCGAGCGCGGCGGCGCGUCCGUGGCGCUGGCCAACGACAAGAACUACGUGCCGCUCGACCUGGCGAGCUUCGGCGACAAGGCCGACGUCGUCGACUACUUCCUGGCGCGGAGCGGCGGGCUGGAGGGCGAGAACGGGCUCGAUGGGGCUGUUGCCGGGGUGAGUUUGGAGGAGGGGGAGGAGGGGGGGGAGGAGGACGCGGAAGGGGAGAGCAAGGGGAAAGGGAAGGCUGGAGAGGAGGGUUCGCGUGCUGCGUGAUGAUGGGUCAUGAUCAUGGGAAUGAAAUCUGGAGUGCCGGGACAACAAAACGCGCGGCGGCUGAUGUUACGAUUGCUCUGCCUCAGACGGAGAGGCUUCGUGGUGCCCGUGUUGAAGCCUUUUGCCAGUUCGGCCUGAAUGAGGCGCAAGCCUGCCUCGGCGAAGAUACGACGGAAAGUGCGGUCCUCCCUGCAGGGUGCCGUCAGUUUUUCCCCUUGCAGAAGAGAGACGGAA